UCGGCGACUGGACUCCGCCUCCGUCUGGACAUCCCUUCGAUAGUGAAAAGCGGUUCAUCCGUUUGGCUUCACUGCGAUUACGACCUCGAAAUGGAUUCACUCUAUUCUGUUAAAUGGUACAAAAACAAUCAGGAGUUUUACCGAUACAUGAGUGAACCCGAUUCGGUGCCAGACAUACAGCCUCAUCGAGUUUUCUAUCAAUUGGGCAUUUAUGUCGAUUUGUCAAAAUCUAAUUCAACACAUGUUUACCUAAAGAAGACUGAUCUGAAUACUGAGGGCACGUUCACAGCCGAGGUGUCCACCACUACAUUCAAAUCGGUAAAACGACUUAAAGAUUUACGCAUAUAUGGUAUG